AGCCGCGGCGCGCACGGCGGCUGUCUCGCCUGCCACAAUGAGUGGUGAGGCUGCGGCCGCGACUUGGCGCGGUUGUCCCUAACGUCGCCGCUCGGCAUCCUUAGGAUAGGCCGCUCCUGACGCCGCGCGGGUCCCCACUCUCCCGCGCCCCCCAUGCACUCACUCUUUCGUGCUCGGCUGGGCGGGCGACUAGCAGACGCGGAGCCGCGCUGGUGACGGCAGAGGCGGCUGCGCGCCCAGCCCAGCCCGCGGAGAGGGCGCGCCGCGCCCCCGCCCCCAGCCCGCUCUCCGGAGGCCGUGGGUGCGGAUGCGCCGCUGACGACUCGCAGCUACAAGCAGUGCCGCCGGUCCGCCGGCUGGAGCCCGCAGCAUGGCAGCCGCCGCCUAUGUGGACCACUUCGCCGCCGAGUGCCUCGUUUCCAUGUCGAGUCGCGCGGUCGUGCACGGGCCGCGGGAGGGGCCUGAGCCCGGACCCGAGGGCGCGGCCGCCGCUGUCGCCGCCACGCUGCCCCGCGUCGAGGAGCGCCGCGACGGCAAGGACAGUGCCUCGCUCUUCGUGGUGGCGCGGAUCCUGGCGGACCUCAACCAGCAGGCGCCGGCGCCCGCCCCGGCGGAGCGCAGAGAAGGCGCCGCGGCCCGGAAGGCGAGGACCCCCUGCCGCCUGCCGCCCGCACCGCCACCCGCCCCCGAGCCUGCCUCCCCUGGCGGCGAAGGCGCAGCGACCGCGCCCCUCAGCCCGGCGUGGAGCGAGCCCGAGCCCGAGGCGGGGCUGGAGGCCGAGCGGGAGCCGGGGCCCGCGGGGAGCAGCGAGCCCGGCCUCAGACAAAGGGGCCGGCGGGGCCGAAGUCGCGCCGACCUGGAGUCCCCGCAGAGAAAGCACAAGUGCCACUACGCUGGCUGCGAGAAAGUUUACGGGAAAUCCUCGCACCUCAAGGCGCACCUGAGAACUCACACAGGUGAGCGUCCAUUCGCCUGCAGCUGGCAGGACUGCAACAAGAAGUUCGCGCGUUCCGACGAGCUGGCGCGGCACUACCGCACGCACACGGGCGAGAAGAAGUUCAGCUGCCCCAUCUGCGAGAAGCGCUUCAUGCGCAGCGACCACCUGACGAAGCACGCGCGCCGCCACGCCAACUUCCACCCGGGCAUGCUGCAGCGGCGCGGCGGGGGCUCGCGGACCGGCUCGCUCAGCGACUACAGCCGCUCCGACGCCAGCAGCCCCACCAUCAGCCCGGCCAGCUCGCCCUGAGCGGGGCCGCCGCCGGGCCUGCGCAGCAGCCCAGCCCGCCCGGCCCGCGAGCCGGCCCGGCCCACGACAGCCAUGAGCAGAUGCUCUCACUCCCUCUGUGAUUCCGUGUCUUUUCCUUUUGUAAUAAGAAAGAAGAGAGAACUUUAUGAAGUCAACAAAAAACAAAAUUUUCUUCACCUCAGGUGUUAAAGUUAAUUUGUAAAAAAACAACAAAAAAAAUUUCAAAAAACACCAUCCACAGAUUGCACAAUAGACAUGCCCACGAAGGUGAGAUUCGCGGUGUUGAACCCCCUUUCUCAGGGAUGGACAUGUUCCACGAGGUCAGUGCGGACACCCCUUUCUUCCUGCCGCCUUACUCUGUACAUAGAUUUGCACUCUGGAGGUUUCUGGUAGGUUCUAGAACACACUGGGACAAAGCAGGCAGAGCAGCGCAGGCGGAGCGCAGCACUUGGCAGGCCUGUGGGGCGGCCCCUCAUCACUUGGGAGCAGGCAUGUCACUGACAUUUGCUUCCAGGGCCUGUUCCUAAGCAGGGGCCCCCCGUCACCCUCAUCCUGCCCACCCACCCAGCCUGCAGCCCCUGCCCCGCACCCCAGCCAGGCCGAGGACACCAGUGUUCAGGGGGUUGCCUUAAGCCAUGUGGGGCAAAGGGGCAUUCCACCCCAGGGCUGUCCGCUGUCUCCCUGCCUCCAGGAGCCUCUCCCUGGGCGUCCCAGAGCACUGGGAGCAGAGGGGCAGGCCCUGGUGGGCAGAAUACUGCACAGCCCACAGGGUCCGGCCACACCCGCCGGCCUGGGACCUGCCCGAGGUCUGUGCCCUGUACAGGGAUGCCUCUACCCGGGGUCCCUGCAGAAGGCACAUGGGACCUUUCACUAUUUCACCAUGUUCUCUGACUGGAAAACGAGCCUGAGAAAUCUGAUCUUCUGCAAAAAAGUCUGCAAGUGUCGCUGGUGCGUUCAGUUCCUGAGUUCUCCUGGCGGCCCUGCCCUGAGACUCCUCUGUUUGAAGUGGUGGGGGAGGUUGUGGGCCGCCUUGCUAGAGCUCUGUGUAUGGGGCCCUGCAUGUGGCCGCAGUCGGUACUUCGCAGAGACUGUUCUGUAGCGAGAGGGCAGAGCAUUGUGACUUGGAACUUUUGGGAGUGGUGAGGCAGAUGGUAUGGGAAAUGCCGUUGGAGAACGUGCAUUCUGCUUUCUCCCCAGGGAACACCAGACGGAGAGUUUUGGGAAAUGCUGUUCUCAGACCCAUCGUGUGCCCAGCUCAGAAUUAGCGAACCUCCAGCUUCUCUGCAAGCUUUGCAUCCCUGACUCCUCCCUUUCCCUCCUGUUUCUCCCCACCUGCCCACCCCGGAAGGCCCCAGCCCACACCCUGCCUGUGCAGUGCUGGGGCUGCGGGGCCCCACCACCAGCCUGCUUCUGCUAGGAGAGAAGUAGCAGAGGGCUGGGCAUCUUCUCCCAGAGCAGUUUCUCCUGGAGCCCCAACCUGAGCUGGGUUGGGGUUCGAGCCCUGGUGGGUCCAUCAGGCUGGGCUCCAAUGCUCUCCUCCUCUGCAUCCAGCUGGAGCAUCCAUCCCAGCACUGUUGCCCAAGCACUGCCCUUCCCUUCCUCCCGAGAAUUAGGGCCUGUAAAUACAGCCCAGGACAGUGUGUGUGUGUGUGUGUGUGUGUGUAUGUGUGUGUGUUGGGGCGGGGGUGUGAGUUUGGGGCAAAUGUGGGAUAUCUUUCAGAGACCUCUGCUCAUUUUGACGAGGAGGAACGACCCUUGGGACCUCAGAGGGCUGUAGAUGAGCUUCCUGGGCCCAGAGUGCCUUGGUGGUGGCCAUUCUGCUUCCACCCCCGCCUUUCCAUGGUGUGGGGUGCAGCACAGAGAAACCCAGAGACCUAGGCCUGGCUGGUGCCCCCAGCCCCUGGCUGCUGCUUUGGGCUGACUCCAGAGUGGACAGGAGCCCUCUGUCCACAGUGACCACAAGGGUGGCAGUCUCCCGUCUGCAACACUCUGGGUGCCCACUUCUAACUCUACUACAUGUCAGCUGGAAUUGGCCAAUGGUGUGCUGGUAGCUUCUGAGCAGCAUGCUAGGUACCAAGUUGGGCAGUAGUCUUGUUCUUGCUGUGGGUGGGAGCUGGGUGGGGACCAGUGGGGAGGGCGGCCUUUCUCUGUUCAGGUGCAGGGCUGGCUGCCCCUGCCACCAUGCUCCAUUUGGGCUGCAUGACAGCCCUGCUUGCAUUGGUUCAGGAGAAAGAGCAGAAUACGCUGUGGAGCCUUGGGAUGAAGAGCACCCUGAGUGCCUGGGGUGAGAGACCUUCAUGCCCAGUUCCAGAGCGAGGCCCAGUGGGCCUCAGAGCUCCCUCCCAAAGCCGUGUCUGUGUGAGGUGGAGAAAGCCACACUCUGAAUACAUUUCAUGUCUCAGGAACUCACAUUCCAGGUUCGGGAAUUUUAUUCCAAAGUCCUUUGGUGUGCUCACCGUCCACAGGUCCCCGAAGGCAGGGAGAGGGAGCUGCAUGUCUCGGAGGCCACACAGUGCUAUCCCUGGAGGAGGCAGGGUCUCCUUGUGAUCUGCCCACGGCAUCUCGGAAGGAGGGUUUGCAGCCCCACGUCUAUCUGCACAUAGGAAGGGGGAAAAGGACUCUAAACCCAGUUGUCUUGGAAUAAAAGAAGAGCCGGUUUGUUUUAGAGGUGGGAUGGGGGGGGGGGGGAGGGAAAGCGGGCGUUUGCUGUUUCCAAAGAGAGCACUUAAUUUAAUUUUUCCUCUAAAUGACCCAGGGCUGUUCCAUCUGAUAGAUGGAAGGGUAACAUUGCCUUAAAACAGAAAUAUGCAGGCAUUGGCUAUUUUUGGCAAACGAGUGUGUCUUCAUUCCCAAAGUAGUUCUUGUCUAAUGGUAGGGUGUGGCCCUUCCGCCAUGGGCCUGGCCUGUGAGGUGGGACACUGCUUUUCUGACUUAGGGCACCCGGAGGGAAUUCCUGCUCCGACUUCUGGACACUCAGCCUGGGGCUCCAGGCAGCAGACUGUCCAGACCCAUCUGGGGCUAAAAUUCAUCUCACCUGAAGGGCAGGAAAGAUCUCUGACUCUCAGGCUGGGUUCAAAUGGGCUCUCACUAGCACCUCAUCAUCAUGAAAUGUGGAAUGCACAUGGAAGAGGGUGGUGGGCCUCGGAAAGACGCCCUCACUCAGGCCCCCACGGAAAGCAGUUACACGGGAGGACCCUCCUGAAACAGCCUGCAUUUUCUUCUAAGAUAUAGAAUGUCUUCCCAGCCUGGGUCUAUUUCAGGGUCUUUCAUUUUUCUGGUUUAAGGCCAUGCUUGCUGGCUUCAGUGUGACUGAGGAACCAACCCAUAGGACUCCUAGAAAUCAUAGUGAAAACUCAAACCUUUAUUUUGUAGCAGACUUCAGUUCUCACAGGCUAAGGGGGCAGAGGUCUUAAAGCAAAGGUUGCCUGAGUGAAGGGAGAGUUCCCCUCCAAUAAAGCCUAAAAGUAUCCCUGGACUCAACCAUCAGGAGGCUGGUGUUCGGCUCACAUCCCAACCAAGAAAUCUCCUCUUUGUGUCAGCCAUAUUAGGGGAACAGUUCUCAGCUCCCCAAAUGCCUACUGAAUCUUACAGCCAUCCAGAAAGACAGAUGGACACAGUCCCUUCCACAAAGGGUCCCGGGGUCCUUUCCUGUCAGGUGCUAUGUAGGAACGGGCAGUGAUGCCCUUGAUGGGAACAUGGUCCUGGAGGUAGCCUACCUGUAUCCCGCACCCCCACCCAAGGCACUCAAGGUUUGGGACACACACCCUCUUUAUUCUGAGGCUAUGCAUCCGGGCCGGUGCAGGAUUCGCCACGGUGCAGCCUCCAGGUGCAAACAUCAGUGGCACUGGUGUCCCUAGACCUCACCAUGCCCUGGGUCACAGUUCAGAUCAGUGAAGGGUGAUUCAGAGGUAGGGCAGAUAGCCAGGCCAUAGGCAGCCCCCAGCCCACUUGUUGAGAUGUGCAGAGAGGGCUCAUGGCUUUCUGUGGUCCCAAGUGAAAUGUGGCAGAACUGAGGUCUCCAUUCAAGUCUUCUGCCACCCAGCCCAGAGCCUCCAGGAGACCCAGCCUCCUUUCUUGACAGAAGUAGGUGCUAAGGUGGACUGCACAGGGUCAUGGCACUCUCCGGGGACUUCAUCCUUGAUCUCAGCGAGCAGGAGUGCCACCUAACAGGAAAACAUGAUCUGAGCAAUAGCAUCCCCUCAUUCUUGACUCCUGGUUUUGGCUGUGUUUACGAGGCUACAUGAUUAUUUUGACUUCUGACAGGUAUCACUGAUUGUUUUUUCUUUUUUAGCCCAUUUUUAAAAGGUCAUUCAGUCAAAGGCACAGUGCUAGAAGGUAAGGGUCUGAUAUAUUAGUCACAUCACAAGCAGUAAAAAAUGCUUUUUGGGUCACCCACAUCAUUUGCCAUCCAAAGAUUCCAUAUGCAAUUCUGGUGACCAUAUUUUCCAAAGCUAAAACUGAGGGUGUGGGCCAAUGCUUUUUAAAUUCAGGAUCACCCUGGGAAGAGCCAGUUCCUAUGACUGGUUUUCCUGAUUCUGAAGCGAGGUUUCAAAGAUUCAUCCUAGACACAUUCCACAGAAUUUUGUACCAGAAUUUGGAUGCCCAAUCCAGCUUACUACUGAUAAAUACCUGAACAUCAUUUAGGGAGAAGGCCUUCCUCCAUCCCUCGUUGGUUAGGAGAGUUGAAUUUGGUGGGAGGUGUGAGCUCAGGGUUCACAAGGGCAGAGGGGCCACGCUUGGUUUCUGCUGACCCCUCCCGCGAUGUCAGACUUGCAGUGCAGCCCCCUGGCCCUGCCCAUCUUCUCCCCUUCUCAUGCAGCUUUAAAACCGUACUACUUUUAUUUAAAGAUGAACAGGAUGGAAGAGAAGUAGCGUCCCCUACGCCGUGCAUCAUACAUUGCCUAUGGGGGACACAGAAAGCAUGGGGUGGACCGCACGAUCGGCUUUCUCCCAGGGCUCAGGGAUGUCAUCCUAUGACCAGUGGACAGGCUGCUACACACUUUCAUUUGGAAAGCAAGUAUAUGAACUGAAUGCCUGCAAGGUGACCACAGGUCUGGUUGAAGGCUGUUCCUCUCACUCAGAGCCCAGGGUGGCUCCCUCCCCAGCCCACCCUCCAUGUGGAGGGAGUCGGCCACCUCCCAGUAUGGCUCAGACACUGCUGGGGUCAGGGGCAUCCAUUUCCGGGUCAGGGUGCCUGUUCUCUGGGUGUGUGGGUGAGAGAUGUCACUCCCCUGGCUUCACCUUGUAGGGUCCCAGUGUGGUGAGGACCCCAGGGCUUGAAGGCCAUGGCAGGAGGUUCUCCUGAGCAGCUAUACAUUGUUAGAUGUGGGGCUUGCUGUGGCUCCCACGUGAUUGGGAAUUGCUUGUGUGGGUGUGUUGGGUGCAUGCAUUGGGGUCUCAGUCACCCCCAGACCCUCACAAAUGACCCCUUCCCCAUCCAAAGCCUUUGAUGGAGCUUCUCUGGAAUCAUUUGCCAAAAUCCCAAGGCAGAAUCCAAGGGUCCAAGACCAUUUCCAUCAAGCACACAUUUUUCCUUUUCUGUAGGAACUUUUUUUUUAAACCAGCACCACACCAUGCUUCUGAAAGCCACAUUUCAUCUUUCCUGGAUCACUACAGUGAAGUAUUACAGUUGUACAGUUCCCAAUCUGGCCUUGGCUUGCUCGGAUAAAACUUUGUAUGUAUUUUGUAUGGCAUAGAUUCUAUAUUGUAAUGAUGUCCUAUGCAAAAAGAAAAAAAUUAACUAAAUUGUAAAUUUUAUUGUUUUAACGUGUAUGCAUGUUUAGUGACGUUUACAUUUUGAAAUAAAAUUUAUGAUUCAUUAUUUUA